AUGCCAUUCGAAGGAAGUCUCACUUCACCUGCCCCCCAACCCUCCCCUCCCCCUCCCCUCCUCCUCCUCAUCCGUCUCAUCCUCCUCCUCAUCCUCCCCAUCCCCCAUCAAGCAGCCCAGAAGAAAAAGGAGAAGGCUGCAGGGCCCAGACGCGGACCCAGAAACAGCACUCGAGGGCGUCGAAACAGAGGAAGAAGAGCCCGCUUCCUCCCCCGACGAGGAGCUCCGAGCGGCCCUCAUCCGCACCGAGGUCGACAUCCCGAGCUGAUUAGAUCGAGCAGGCUGGCCACUGCGAUCAGGCAGCCUCGCACGCAGCUAGCUACCAACCUGUCUCCGCUGUACAAGCUCGACGAUAUCUACCAAGAUAUCACCUCCAAGGCGCUGGUUCUGGGCCUCGGUGCUGUCUUGAAGCAUCUGGGCGGUAGGGCGUUGCGGGUGGCCACUAUGUGUUCUGGCACGGAGAGUCCGUUGUUGGCUAUGGAGCUCGUUCAGCAGAAUCUCAGAAAGCACUUCGACACGACCUUCAACUUCCGCCACUUGUUCAGUGCCGAGAUCGUGCCAUUCAAGCAGGCGUACAUCGAACGCAACUUUCACCCCAAGGUCAUGUUUCGCGAUGUGACCGAGUUGAGGGAUCGAGUGGCACAAACGGUGUACGGGUCUUUAGAAAAAAUCCCCAAGAACGCAGAUCUCCUCAUUGCUGGAUUCGCGUGCGUGGACUUCUCAAACCUGAACAACAACCGCAAGACCCUGGACCAGAACGGUGAGUCUGGGACCCGCGAGCGGGGAUAUCUUUUCUGCGUUGAUAGAGAGCUCAUGAAGAAGGGCAACUUUUCAGAGGGACAUAUGCUGAGAUGGUCGGCUGUCUUUGAAGGGUUCCAGCGUCCUGCAAGCUCCCCUGCUGGGAUGUUCCUCAUUGAUGCGGAUGAUAGACGCCUGGGCCAGAUCGAACAAGACGUCAUUGGGAAAACUUCGUGCAAUCCUCGCGAAUGGUCGAGGUACCAGAUCAGACACCAAAGCUACCGCAACGAUCAGAAGCUUGGCGAUGAACGUCCGGUCAGCAAGUCGAAAGACCAAGGUAUUUGUCAGAUGCCUGAUUUCUACUGGCAUGGUUGGGCGAGGUCGUUGCCGGAGCGUGUUUGGGAAACUCUGGAUAUCAAUUAUCUUCGCAAGCUUGCUGAGUUGGAAGGAUAUGACAUGAACUACAAGGAGUAA